AUGACAGAAAACGGAGCAAGUACAUCAAGAGAUGUCAAAAAAGACGAAGAAAAUGAGAAAGAGGAGGGAGAUGAGUUCGACGAGGAAAAGUUUCUGCAAUGUCAAGAUCUCGGCGAAUUCGCGACUGAGGUUACAUCGUUUUUGUCCCCUCAUUAUGAGCCGUUAAUCCGGGGAAAAGUCACGAAAGAAGCUGCGAUUGCGACACAUUCAGCCUUGCAAGGAGGCAUUCCGCCGGAAAAAGAACAACAAAUUCGCGAAUUCUACGAUCGACUUGACAUUGAUCACGAUGGAACAAUUGAUAUAAGAGAUCUUACGAUGGCGUUGAAGCACGAAGUUCCACAUAUCCCUCUUGAGCUUGCGCCAGCUCUAAUGGCAAGAAUGUCGAGCGAAGAUGACGAAAAAGUCGGAUUUGCGGAUUUUGCCAACUAUUUUUUGGCAACCGAGCAGCGAUUAGCCGAAAUGUUCGCUGAUAUCGAUAAGAAUCGCGAAGGUUUCAUCGAUUCCGAGAAAGUUCGCGAUUAUUGCACAGAUCUCGGUGUGCCUCUCGAUGGCCAAAAAGCAAAGUCAAUUAUUGGAAAAAUGGAUCAAACCGGCUCAUCAUCUGUGGAUUUAAAAGAGUUUCGAGAUUUCAUGAUCCUUUAUCCGUCGUCAAGUCUUCACGAUAUUGUGGAUUUCUGGCGUCAUAAUUUAGUCAUCGACAUUGGAGAAGACAGCCAAGUCCCUGAAGAAUUCACACCGCAAGAAAUGCAGACAGGCGUUUGGUGGAGACAUUUGGUGGCUGGUGGAGCUGCUGGAGCAGUGUCAAGGACAUGCACAGCGCCGUUCGACAGAAUCAAAGUUUAUUUACAGGUUAAUUCCACACGAGCAAAUCAACUACGUGUUGUGAAUUGUAUGAAACUGUUGCACGCUGAAGGUGGAUUCAAAUCAUUUUGGAGGGGAAAUGGCAUCAAUGUGAUCAAAAUCGCUCCAGAAUCUGCUAUAAAGUUUAUGUGUUAUGAUCAGAUCAAACGACUCAUUCAAAAGUGCAAAGGUAGCGGAGAGCUCACAACAGUUGAACGAUUACUUGCUGGAUCUGCAGCUGGUGCAAUUUCUCAAACCGUGAUAUAUCCAAUGGAAGUGAUGAAAACGAGGCUCGCAUUGCGUCGAACUGGUCAAAUGGAUCGAGGAAUUAUUCAUUUUGCUCAGAAAAUGUACUCGAAAGAAGGGAUUCAGUGCUUCUACAAGGGCUACGUUCCCAACCUUCUUGGAAUUAUUCCUUACGCUGGAAUCGAUUUAGCGAUUUAUGAGUCGUUGAAACGAAUGUACAUGAUAUACUAUGAGAAGACCGCCAAUGAGCCUGGGGUUCUGGCGCUGUUGGCUUGUGGAACGUGCAGCUCAACCUGCGGACAACUCGCGAGUUAUCCGUUUGCCCUAAUUAAGACAAGACUGCAGGCCAUGCCUGUUUCUCGUUUCUCGUCCCAACCAGUCACCAUGGUCGGUCAAUUCAAGUACAUAAUGAAGAAUGAAGGGCCUCUCGGAUUCUAUCGGGGAAUAACUCCCAAUUUCAUGAAGGUCAUCCCCGCUGUCAGUAUUAGUUAUGUAGUUUAUGAGAAAGUUCGUACAUCGCUAGGCGUCAGCAUGUGUUAA